AUGGAGCUAUGGAAUAGCAGGAAUAACUACAUCUUUAGAGGAAAAGCAGAGGAGGCUCAGCUGAUAUGGGAAAGAGCUAGCAACUUGAGCAAGGAGUUUAGAAUUUGUAACAUGCUAGAAGAACCAUUACUUUCAAACAACAUCGUGGAGAGGAAGUGGAAAAAACCGCCUAAGGGUUUCAUUAAAAUAAACUUUGAUGCUGCAGUAGGUGAAAACAGAAUAGGGUAUGGGACGAUUAUAAGGGAUGAAGAAGGCUUUGUUUUAGGAGGCGGUGGGGGUUUUAAAGAGCUUAGGUUGUUGGUGGAAGAGGCUGAAUGCAUGGCUUUUGAAGAAAGCAUUAACGUGGCGCGUAGAUUGAAGUUAAAAGAGCAUGUCUGUUGA